CCGCUGCAUUGAACCCUGCCUUUUUUUUCUUGCCCUUGUCUUGGGCUUCCGCUCUGUCCUACGGCUAGUCGCCCAUGGCAUUAUUAUAAGUCUCCCCUUCUUCCGCUCCUCUUUCCGUCUCCUCUCCUAUCCCUCUCCGUUCCACCAGCUGAAUUCCCUUCUGCUUCUGCCUCGGUCCUCUAUCUAUAUCCCCCACCUUACUGUGGGAUCGUCAGUUGCCUGUCCAGAAAGUAUGCCCCUUGCGCUGUGAGCCAUGCGGUGAGCGUAACUUUGUCGCUCUGUGUACGAUUUUGUACCACUCUGUGUCGCAUUUCUGAAGGGGGGCGACCAAACGCUAUCACGCCCUUGAUUUCUCCACCGACUCUCCCAUCUCCCCUUCCUAUCAUCCGCCCACACCAUGAGGCAGCAGGAGAUGUCCCAUUCUCCUGCUUACUACCAGGAACAUGACCAGCGCAUGACGGCAUAUCUCCACGACUCGACCCCUACUCCUGCCGCAGCGCAUCUUUCCCCGGAACCCUCAUUAUUACCUAACCGCCUCUGUGAAAACGGGCAUGAUUCCCGUUCAUCGGAACGCAAUUCGGCUGGAGGCACGAGUCCUAACGCCCAUCCUUCCGAUUCUUGGGAUCGCUCUUACUCUCGGCACCCUUUUCGACAUUCCCACCAGCCCCAGAAGCCUCCACCCCGUCAGACCCAAGUGGAGUCAAUCUACUCGAAUUCUGAGGGGUCGGUGGUGGCUCCGAUGACGUUCGUAUCCUCGCCCUACCCGGACAACAGUUCCAUGUUGACACAGACUUCGUGUAGUGGUGGAGGGGCUCGCAAAGAAGAGCGUGUCCGGGGGAGUUGGACGGAUCAUUCGUCAUAUAUGUCGAGCGACAAUCACCAUCUUGGCGCAGCUCGCCUUCAGAAACGGGCGAUCCAUACUGAAGAACCCUUGGCAGAUGACAGUCAAGAUGCCCUCCUGAUGCUAUUUCGAUUGUCCCUUCCAGUCCCCGUAUUCUCCUUUGGCGCGUCUUUGUAUACCGUCUUCGGGUUGCUCCUCGUGCUCCUCGUCUCACCUUUUCGCAUAUGUCCCUGCAUCCCAUACUUUCGGUCCACGUCAUUCCGUGAACAGCUAUGUCAUCUGUUGGUGCCUCAACUGCAUAUCCAUGAGCGACUAGUUCGUUUGCGAGGGGCGUCGCGAUCGUCCCCGGCCCAGUCGGUAUACAAUGACGCGGAUGAUCCAUCCGUUCCGGACCUGAACGAGCACUAUUCCAUUAUGGGCUUGAUCUUGGUCCUAUUGCUCUCGUCUCUUCUUUCCAUUGCCUUUCUCCUCCUCGUCUGGACUGCAGCCUUUUUCUGGGUCUUUGCCAUGGUUCUUGGCAAUCCCGAUGGUACUGAGCGCAAAGAUGACGGCCGUGCUGCAGUGCUCGGUGUCUGUCGAUGGUGGCAUAUAUGGCUGCGCAAGGUCAGAAAACGGUCUCACCAAUAG